AUGAAAUCAAGAAAUAUAAAAAAAUUCUUAUCCAUUUUGUGUAUUAUAUUUUACAUAUAUGAAUAUGGAUAUGUAAGAAGUAUCCGCUUUGGGAAUCGCAAAAAUCAGAAUUAUAAUGGAGAAAAAGAAAUGAAAUUAGGAAAAAGUGGACAGCUAAAAGGCUUAAAAAAGUACACAAACACUUUAUCUAAUAAUGUUUCAAGCAAUAGUGGGUAUAAUGUAUCGUUUGUUAGUCAGCAAAAAGUAGUUGAAGAUGAUGACGAUGAUGAUUUGGAAAGUCUGUACGAUGAUGAUGACGCUUCUACCAUUACAGGAGGCGGUUCUUCGAUAAGUGAUGAUGAUGAUCUACAGUUACAGAACCAAGAUGGGGAUGAAGAGGAGCAGGAAGAGACUCAGCUAAGUACCCCUGACGAUGAUGAUGAACAUAGCAAGAAAGACAAAGGCUUUAAGAAGAGUUUAAAGUUGAGUAAACAAGAAAAAUUGAUAGAAGAUAAAAAAAAUGAAACUAAGAAUACUUUUAAGAAUUACCAUUUUGAAGAUGAAGAGGAAUCCCCUUACAAAAAGUUGUUGGAUAAAAAUAAAGCACUUAAUUCGGGUGCCCGAAAUGAUGAUGAGGAGGAGGAAGACGAAGAAGACUCAACUCAAUCAAAUACUAGGAAAGCAAUGAAGAAAAAUUUGGAUGUGUUUCCAGGUUUAUAUUUUGCAGGUAUUGGCUAUGAUUUGCUUUUUGGAAAUCCACUUGGGGAACCAGACACUUUGACUGAUCCUGGAUAUAGGGCACAGAUUAUUUUAAUGGAUUGGGAAUUGAGCAAUAAAGGAGUUGCAAAUGACUUGAGUACUUUACAACCCUUGAAUGGGUGGAUCAGAAAGGAGAAUGCCUGUAGUAGAGCGGAAUCGAUCAAAGAAUGCAAGAGUGUUUCAGAUUACACAAAAAAUUUGACAGCAGAGGCCAGUGUGUCAGGUAGCUACAUGGGCUUCGGGGCCUUCUCGGCAUCCUCUGGUUAUAAGAAGUUUCUUCAUCAAACUUCUAAAAGAACGAGCAAAACGUAUUUGGUCAAGUCUAAUUGUGUUAAAUAUACAAUUGGACUUCCUCCCUAUGUGCAAUGGAAACAAACAGUUGCAUUCAAGAAUGCCGUGGAUAGCCUCCCACCUCACUUCAUGGGCCUAGAACAAGAUAGCGAAUGCGCAUCAGAUGUUUACGAACAAAAGAAAACAUCAGAAGAGUGUGAAAAUGUGAAUGCUUGGAUUAUGUUUUUCAAAACUUAUGGAACGCAUGUCAUUAUGGAAGCUCAGUUAGGUGGAAAAAUAACAAAAAUCAUAAGUGUGGAAAAUACAUCAGUGAAUCAAAUGAAAAAAGACGGAGUGAGCGUAAAGGCACAAAUCAAAGCGCAGUUUGGGUUUGCAAGUGUGGGAGGAUCAACGAGUGUUAAUUCGGAAAAUUCUUCUAAAACGGAUGAAGAUAAAUAUGAAAUGAGUGAAGAGCUAGUUGUAAUUGGAGGAAAUCCAAUUAAGGACGUGACCAAGGAAGAAAAUUUAUAUGAAUGGUCUAAGACUGUUUCAAAAUAUCCAAUGCCAAUAAAUAUAAAGCUCUUGCCUGUGUCCAACAUUUUUGAGAAUGAUGAUUUGAAAAGCUCAUAUGAAAAAGCCUUCGUUUACUACAAUAGAUUAUACGGAUUUUCCCCUCAUGACACUAUGCAGAAGGAUGAAAAGGACAUAGUUAAAAUAUUAACAGGAUCUACAACGGUCACCAAAAGUGGCUCUCCACCUAUAAGUGCAGAAUGCCCAAACGGGUUGGUUGUUUUAUUCGGUUUCGUUUUAAAGCAGAAUUUCUGGGAUUAUAUUAACCCGAAAUCAUAUGAAAUGGAAAUUUGCGAAUCUGGCACUAAUAGUUGCACAUCAAAACAAGGAAAUACAAAUAAAUAUGACGUCUCUUAUGCGUAUAUUGAAUGUGGAGAACAAGCUUUACCUUUUACUGAACAGGUAGUUAGUGUAAGUAAUUCUACUUACAAUAAAUUGACCUGUCCAAAUGAUUACUCCAUUUUAUUCGGAUUUGGAAUAUCUUCUUCCUCUGGCAAGCACAAAUCGGCUCUUUACACUUAUUUAACACCCUGUCGUCCAGGCUUGAAAAACUGUUCCCUAAAUAUGAACAGCGAAGAUGACAAAAGCUAUUUGUACCUCGUCUGCGUAGAUCCAACAAUAUGGUCAGGAUUAAACAACUUAUCUCUUAUCGCGAAGGAUGAUUUGCAUACUUAUGUAAACAAGUCAAAGCAAUUUAAUGAUGGAGAAUUAGUUGUCACAUGUCCUUCUGAGGGUACUAUAUUAACUGGUUUUUACGGAGAAACACAUACCUCGGCCCCUUAUGUAACUGCACCCUUUGGAAAAUGUGCCAAGAGUUUAAAAGCAUGUUCAGUUCACGGAUGUGGUCAGGGAUUUGGGUUACACAAUUACAGAACAUUGUUUAAUGUGGUGCUAUGUAAAAAUAAUUAG